AGAAUAUCAGGUUUGUGUUUCAGAAAUAGGCCUAGCGACUGACCGAAGCUUCGAUGUUGGAAAACAAGGCCUUCCAGGACUGCAACAGGAUGAAUUUUUAAAUUCAAGUGCUCAAUCAAAGGCUUGGGGUUUGGUAGACUCAGUUGAUAAUUCAGAAGCCAUUAGGAGAGAACAAUGUGAAACUGAGGGGAAACUUGAUUUUUUUAAUUCUAAAUGUGCUGACCUAUGCAUGGAUUCUAUUAAAACUUCAGAUGUUGAUGAUGAAGUUGGUUCUUCCAAAGAAGAAAGUAGAAAAUUUACUGAUCCCCAAAGCCAAAAUGUGGAUUCCACAGAAGAGAAUGCUUUGGAAGAUUCUGUAAGUGUGAAAAACGGUGAUAGUAGUAAUGAAUUUGUGACUUGCAAUGAAACCAAUGAGGAUGAUUUUGGUGACUUUGGCACAGCCAGUGGCACAACUCCCCCUUUUGUUACUGGCACUCAAGAUUCAAUGAGUGACGUCACGUUCGAAGAGUCUUCAGAGCACUUUCCACAUUUUAGUGAACCAAGUGAUGGCUUUGGAGAAUUUGGGGAUAUGAAUG